AUGUCAUCGCCGUCUGCGAAGAGUAAGAUCGAGAUCUACCUAGAAGAAAAACGGAAGAACGUCCUUCGUCUAGAUCCGAAAGAAGCUUUUGAGCAAGUAGGUAAGAAAGAUGGAGCAAUUAUGAUCGAUACUAGACCUUGCUCAUUUCGGGAAAAGGAAGGAAGUAUACCUGGAGCUAUCAUAAUUGAGCGGAACGUAUUAGAAUGGAGAUUAGAUCCAACUUCGCCUGAUAAUAUACCUGAAGCUAAACAAGCUAAUUUCAAACCCAUUAUAGUAUGUAAUGAAGGAUACGCAUCAUCACUUGCCGCAUCGUCAUUGAUCGAAAUAGGAAUCAAAACCGCUACUGAUCUAAAAGGUGGUUUUAUAGCUUGGAAAAAUCAAGGAUACCCAGUUGAUCCUUAG